AUGGAAAAGAGAGCUUUACCGACAAGACACAAUUUUUUAACUGAAGCAGUUCAGCAAUUGCUAGAAUCAACAUCCAGUUCAACUGAACCUACGAUAGAUUCAACUACACUCAUCACAGUCACUUCAGAUGAACAACCUGACUCAUCCUUUAAAGAUUAUGGACCUAAUAACAACAAUAGCAAUAGUCCUAAACCAAUAUCAGUUGAACAUGUUGCUCGUGUAAAGAUCAUUACUCCUGUUAGAAAAAGACAUGACAAGGAAAACUUGGAUCUCAUAUCAGAUGAUUACUACAUCAAACGACAUCGUAAGCAUGAAUUAGAUGAAAAGAAGCAAAAGAAUCGAGAGAAAGAGAGACUAAGGCACGGUUACUAUCAACAAAGCCAACUGGUGGAACGUAUAAAAACGAUGGAUAAGGGCCUAUUGAGAUCCAUCGUAUCCUCCAUUCGACACCGAGGUUCUGUGCUGAUACCUGAUAUGACAGAGGAGGCGGAGGAAGAAUACUUGAAUAAGCUACACGAAAGACUCCUGAAGGACGCGACUGAGCUGCUAAGACGGUAUGAAGCCUUGGGUCUGGCCAAGACAUCUACUGCUCCUCCAGCUGAGACAGAAGAAACAGAGUCCUUGGUGAACCCAACCUUUCAUGAAGCUGUACAGACAGAAGCGAUGCGUCAGAGAGCAAGACAGCUGGCAACAUUUGAAAAAUAUCCCUCACAUAAAUCAGGAUCAAGUCGCUAUUCGAAACGACACAUUACUGCAUUUGGUGAAAAAUUACCACCGUUUGAAUUUAUGGAUUUUGAAUUACCAAAGGACAUCUUUGGUCAUUUAAUGAAUUCAAGAUAA